CUGGUUGUGCCGACGAGUAACGCUUCUCUGGUGAAGCGGUGAUGUGCUUUUGAGCAGCACCCUCCUUGUGUCCGACAACCGGAUCAGCACAGCACAGGACUCUUGCCGUGUUCCUUGCGACUCCGUGGCUACCGCUUGAAAAGUUGAGAUAGUAGUCUCAGAUCCUCGUAUACAUAGGCAUCAUACAUAUCUGGUUGUUUCUUGCCAAGGCGAAAUGGAGAGAGGCGAGAGGCAGAAGGUGGAUCCAGUGCCCAACGAGGCAGAGAGGAGGCAGCUCAAGGCCCGGCGGGACUAUGAGAUCGUCACUGAACAGUUCUGGCCACUUAUGGAGAAGAUCGAUGAAUGGCUGGAGCAGCACAGAGCACCUGAAGGCCUGGAAGAGACACAGGCUUCUGACGUCGAGGAUGGCGCCUCACCUGUGCAAACUCCCUCUGAAGGGCUGGCGGACACCAUCCGGAGGUUCCUGCGAGAGCUCGAUGGGAGCGACGAGGCAAGCGGGAGCGGCCAGGCCACCUAUCAAAAGCCCGAGGUUGCCCCCACCGAUCCGAAGACCGAGGCUUCUCCCCCUUGAGAAAUUAUGCAUGUGGUGCAACGCGACUAAUAUAAACCAUGACAAACCCUCGCAGGAUGCAGCAACUACAAUGCAAGAAGCUCAUUUCGUUUUGUUUUAGGUUUUUCGGUUGCGAGCUGUAG